GCCGGUUGUCUUUAUACCGUCAUGAGCGUCCCACUUGCCUCCCCCUCUCCGCCGACACCCGUCUUCGAGAAAGACGCCAUGCUCGUCGCAGAGGACCAGCUGAGCAAGAACAUGGCUGAUGUUCGACUCGGCACGAGCACCCCGACAACACCGUCGACGCCGACUGCCUCCGCUCCCUCAUACCAGUCCGCGUUCCACGGCCCCCCUCCCGUUCCUUUCCCCUACAAACCCGAGAAAGCCAUAGACGACAUACCUGGCGUAGCCUAUGCCCUGGAGCUCUUCCUCGCAUCGCAUAUGCACGAGUCGGAGGAGUUCUGCGACGUAAAUGACAAGAAAAAGGAGAGAAUGUACUUUGCGACGGGAUACGGGCUCAUACAAUGCAUCAAAGGGCUCAUGUCGUAUGAGGAUGAGGACUUGCUCGCAGGUCUCACCCAUACGAAGCGCGGGAUCGCCAUCGCUUCGUCCCAUCGCAAGAAGGCCCCCGCAGUCACGACCCGGUUGGCCGGUUACAUCGUCCCCUCUUUAAGCACCUCAAGCGUUGCGUGGGUCAAGAGCAUGACGGCGGUCGAACGGCACGCCGAACUCACCUACACCGAGACACUGUACGAGAAGUCCAUUCUCGGCAUCGUCUAUUCGGGGGAUUGGCUGGCGUUCAUCCGCGAGAUCCUCAACAUGCGCACGAUCAUGAAUUCCUACCGCCAGCUCGCUAAAUUCAUCGAAGCCAUGGACGAGGAGGGGCGCGCCGACGAAGUCGACAAGCACUUCCGCUCAGGCGUCUACCUCGGCAUUGGCGCUUCCAACCUCAUUCUCUCCCUCAUGCCCGCACGAUUGCUAACAAUAGUGGAGCUUUUCGGCUACAAGGGAGACCGAAAGUUCGGCCUUGAGAUGCUCCAGAAAGCUGGCGGCUGGACAGCGGAUAGCAAAGAGCCGCUCAUCAGCGCAAAGGACGAAGGCCUGCGCCGGUCAAUCAGCGACAUGGUGUUGCUCAUGUUCCAUCUGGUCCUCUCUGGAUUCACUUUCGAUUGCGUCGACUUGAGCAUGGCGGAGAAGGUAUUAGAAUGGAAUUUGAAGCGCUACCCAGAUGGCGUCUUCUUCCAGUUCGGUGCCGGUCGGCUUGCAUUAGUGCGCUCACAGCCAAAAGUGGCCAUCAAGUACUACAGAAGGGCAAUGGAGGUGCAGACGCAGUACAAGAACCUGCAUCACAUCUCGUAUUGGGAAAUUGCGUUGGCGAAUCUGUCUCUUUGGGAUGUCAGAGCAAGCAUGGAAUGCUACAAAGUGCUCGAGGCAGAGGCAUCGUGGUCGAAGGCCAUUUACUCUUAUGGUCUUGCUGUCACUUUGCUUGACAGUGCCGCACCAGGACCCGAAGGCGACGCCGACAGAAAAGCUGCCGCCGCUAUACUGGCCAAGGUUCCAGAGCUACGCCAACGCAUCGCGGGCAAGUCAAUACCGUUAGAGAAAUUCGUCGCCCGCAAAGCACGCAAAUUCGAGAUGCAGAAAGGCCGCUUGGCGCUCUCUGCUCUCGAGGCCGCGUACAUCUGGUUGUGCAUAUCCCAUGCUCCGCGGCACAUACUCACGGAGCGCAUGCUACCCAAUGUCUGGGCUCAGCUCGAUAAGCUGGGCGUGUCGCGCGUAGGACAGGGUCAGAAAAAGCCGAGCGACGAGCGCGCGAAGGCGUACGGCACGGGCUACUGGGACGACUUCGCGCUGUCGAGGUUCCUAGAAGGCGUUUGUUUGCGGUAUGUCGCGUACCCGGAUCCCGAUGCAAUCCCAGAUCCAGAAGAUCCGACCGGUCCAGCGAUGCCCGACGCAGGGGCGCAGGCGGCGGCAGCCUUCCAGCAGAUCUUUGAGUACGGUCCGAAGAUUGAGCUGGACCAUCACAUCGUGUACCAUGCUCAUUACGAGUAUGGUCGCCUCCUCGCCUGUCAAGGGGACAAGACGGCGGCGCAAGCGCAAUUCGACUUGGUGCUCAGCGGGAAGCCACUGGAAGUCAAUGCGGCAGGGAGGAAGGGUAAGUACAGCCUGGAGAACGCGCUCAUGAUGCGAACGCACGCUGCCAUAGAGGCGUUGCCUUUCAACCGGCUGUAGACGGACACGACUUCGGUUCGGCUCACCACGACUUUACGUUGCUCCCUAAUCCCUCACGCCGGUUCUCAUGAUGCAGCUCACGCAGAUAGAUCGCCCUUUGCAUGAGUAGAACGAACCAUCUACGCAGCUCUAUCUAAGUGUACACGCAGCAACUAAUCAUCUAAUCUCCCUCGUGUACCACUCAUUCGGUUUGUAUAUCAGUCGCUAUCGUAUCCUUAUUAUAAAUGGGCCUAACGGGCAUAUUUUACUGGACCAGUCAGAGUGUGGCUGUCGAUGCAUCAUGACCGCAAGGUCUUCAGCCUGGCUUAUAACUUUU